CGCACUAACUUAACGCUCGUCUGUCAAAAAAAUCGCCCCCAACCUGAUGUAGUUUUUUUAUUUUUCGAUCAACGUCGAACACAUUAUGGCUGAUAAUUUAAAUAAAAGGCCCCGAAAAGGGAUUUUGAAAAAUUCAAGCAGUUUCGAUACCCAAGAAAGUCAUUGUGCCGCAAAAAAAAAUAAAGAAACAACAUGGGAUGAAAUGAACAUAAUAGCGACACUUCACCCCCCAGAUAAAGAUUAUGGACAUAUGAAAAUCGAGGAACCCAAAACUCCAUUUAAUUAUGUUGAUCCCGAUAGUGUGGAUGCUUUAGAUGCAGCCGAUUUAGCCGAAAAGAUCAAGUUGGGGGCUGAGAAAUUACCAAAAUCGAUGGAAACAAACGAUGAUGAUGAUGAUGAUGAAUCGGAUGAAGAUUUAACCCCCGAGGAGUUAGAGAAAAGGAAGGAAUUCGAAAGUAAACGUAAAAUGCAUUAUAACGAGUUUUACGCGGUGAAAUUAGCGCGAAAGUUGCUCGAGGAGGAAGAAGAGGACGACGAAGAUGACAAAAACGAUUUAAAAGAGAACGUCGAAGGCGAAGACGAUAAAGAUAACGAAGUAGGGAAGACGUAAAUUGUUUAAUUUAACUAAUUGUAAUAAGAUGAAUUAAUGAGUACGAUUGUGAUAAAGAAUUUGAUUUAAUUUUGAUUUGGAACGAAGAUACUCCAAGUAGUUAACAACAUUAAAUAAAUUGUUUGUCUUCCUUUUUUUGUGUACCAGUAAAAAAGUGAGGUUAAGAGAGA